AUGACAACCAAAAUAAAUCUCGUCGCGAACCCGCACUAUCAGAAGUCCGGCACGAAAUCGUACGUAUACGCCAUGCGCAAGUACCGCUUCAAUCCGACCAAAGGCGGCCGCUAUUUCCUCGGGAUGACCAUGAUACAAACCGGUCGGCCAUUUACCACCAGACCUAUUGGCGGCCGUGCGCGUUUGCAGCAGGUGCUGCAGAAGAAGAGCGCCGACAGCGAAAAGGUUGAGCAAGUAGGAGCCGACGACGUACAGAACGAAUCUAUGUAUCUUGCGGAAAUUGGCAUUGGCACUCCUGCGCAAACGUUGAGCUUGGACUUUGAUACUGCGUCUGCCGAUUUGUGGGUUUGGUCCACGAAACUCUCAGCUAAGACUUUGGCGGAAAACAGGAAUCAUACUGUCUUUGACCCAGCGAACUCGAGCACGUACAAGGAGAAAGAAGAUUCGAUAUGGCGGAUUUCGUAUGGUGACGGCUCUUCUGCCGCUGGCUUGGUCGGUAAUGACGAUGUUGAUAUCGGUGGGGUGGUGAUUAGAGGUCAGGCUGUUCAAGUAGCCGAUGUGUUGUCUGCCCAAUUUACCCAGCGUGCUGGGGACGGGCUGCUGGGGCUUGCGUUUGGUAAUAACAAUACCGUCAAGCCCGAGCCUGUGAGCACACCCGUGGAGAAUAUGAUCUCGCAGUCCGAUAUUCCGAGUUCGGCCAAGCUGUUCACUGCAAAAUUGGGUUCGUGGCGAGAUGCUGAUGAGCCGGAUGAGGGCGAGUCGUUCUAUACUUUUGGUUAUAUUGAUCAGGACACGGUGACGGCGGCUGAAGCAGAGAUCUAUUACACACCCGUCGAUAACAGCAAUGGCUUUUGGAUGUUCGAUUCCAUCUGUGCCACAGUGAAUGGGAAGACAAUCUCUCGGACUGGAAACAAGGCUAUUGCUGAUACGGGGACUACACUAGCGCUGGUUGAUGAUGAGACUUGUCAGGCCAUCUAUGAUGCCAUCCCGGGGGCAGAGUAUGACCAUGACAGCCAGGGAUGGAUCUAUCCAUCCAAUACACCGACUGACAAGUUGCCUGUUGUAUCCUUUGCUGUUGGUGAUAAGCAGUUCGCGGUCCAAAAAGGAGACUUCGGAUUCGCUGAGGCCAAGGCUGGGUAUGUUUAUGGAGGAAUUCAAAGUCGGGGUACUAUGAACACAGAUAUUCUAGGUGAUACCUUUCUGAAAGCUUUAUAUGCAGUCUUUGACGUCGGCAAUCUUCGCUUUGGCGCUGUGCAGCGAAAGGAACUGCAUUAG